GAUCCACAAACGAUACCAGUAUCAAUGGGAUAUAAAUUUCAUUAUGAGACAGCUCUACACAAAAACAUGUAUCAUAUAGGGCUACUCACGUUUAGAAAGGGCUUUGUGCAGACGCUUACUUUCGAUGAACUUGCUGUAAUCAAAAGGAAGCUUGAUGAAUGCACGGAUAUAUUGCCUGAGGCAUUCCAGCCAGACAAGAAUGUCCUGUCAUCUCAGUUGAUAUUACACAUAGAAGGAUCCAAGCAGCGGCCCUGUGGCCAGAGAGGAGCCCCCCAACCAUUCCUCCACGGAGCCCGCAUCAUGCUUGAGAAAGCCUCUUACAUCUACUACGCACGGCACGGGUUUGAGUCCUGCAAUCCCUGGGUCGCUUUCAUGUUGAAGAUGAUUAGCAAGACUGUCAUUGACGGUCUCAAGGCAAAAACAAACAUAGAUGCUAGUGCUCUAAUAGGUUGGCAUUUGCCUCUGGUUCUCUCGGCACAAGCUCUAGCCAACCAAAAUCACUACUACCAUAAAUGUGAGCUAUUGGCAGCUCAGCUUCAGAGUGCCAUAAGUCCUCAGGAAUUGCAGUUGGUUUGCACAUAUGCCAGAGUAGCGGGCAUGAGCAAAACGGAUCAGUCGCUGGUGGCAGAGCACUCUUCAAGCCAUUGGCCCCUACCAGGCAAGGUGGUGAUUGAUGAAGAUCUGGAAAAGGUGAAACUGGAUACGUCGCCGAAGGGUCUGGAAGAAAUUCAACUUUGGCUGCGUGAUGAGUCAGAAACGUCAUCUGCCAACCGGUGA